CAGCGGGGCUGAGCUAAGCCGAGCCCACGUGUGACGGCUCUCGCCGCUGCCCCGGCUCCGCCGCUCGCAGAGAGAUUCGGAGGAGCCCGGGCGGGGGGGAGGAGGAGGGGGAGGAGGGAGCGGGAGAUCUCGGGGCUCGGAGCCGGCCGCCGCUCCGCUCCGAUCGCUGUGGGGCUCGGUUUUUUGGGGGUGGGGGGGCGGGGGGGCUCAGAUAUGGAGGCAAAUGGGAGCCAAGGCACCUCGGGCAGCGCCAACGACUCCCAGCACGACCCCGGUAAAAUGUUUAUCGGUGGACUGAGCUGGCAGACCUCACCAGAUAGCCUUAGAGACUAUUUUAGCAAAUUUGGAGAAAUUAGAGAAUGUAUGGUCAUGAGAGAUCCCACUACGAAACGCUCCAGAGGCUUCGGUUUCGUCACGUUCGCAGACCCAGCAAGUGUAGAUAAAGUAUUAGGUCAGCCCCACCAUGAGUUAGAUUCCAAGACGAUUGACCCUAAAGUUGCAUUUCCUCGUCGGGCGCAACCCAAGAUGGUCACAAGAACAAAGAAAAUAUUUGUAGGCGGAUUAUCUGCGAACACGGUGGUGGAAGACGUGAAGCAGUACUUCGAACAGUUCGGCAAGGUGGAGGACGCAAUGCUGAUGUUUGAUAAGACGACCAACAGGCACAGAGGGUUUGGCUUUGUCACGUUUGAGAAUGAAGAUGUUGUGGAGAAAGUCUGUGAGAUUCAUUUCCAUGAAAUCAAUAAUAAAAUGGUAGAAUGUAAGAAAGCUCAGCCUAAAGAAGUCAUGUUCCCACCGGGGACAAGAGGCCGGGCCCGGGGACUGCCUUACACCAUGGAUGCGUUCAUGCUUGGCAUGGGAAUGCUAGGCUACCCCAACUUUGUGGCGACCUACGGCCGCGGCUACCCUGGAUUUGCUCCUAGCUAUGGCUAUCAGUUCCCAGCUCCUCUCUCCCCGCCAGGCUUCCCAGCAGCGGCUUACGGACCAGUGGCAGCGGCGGCGGUGGCGGCUGCAAGAGGAUCAGUCCUGAAUAGCUACAGUGCUCAACCGAAUUUUGGCGCGCCCGCUUCCCCGGCAGGCUCCAACCCCGCGCGGCCCGGAGGCUUCCCGGGGGCCAACAGCCCAGGACCUGUCGCCGAUCUGUACGGCCCUGCCAGCCAGGACUCCGGAGUGGGGAAUUACAUAAGUGCAGCCAGCCCACAACCGGGCUCAGGCUUCGGCCACGGCAUAGCUGGACCUUUGAUUGCAACGGCCUUUACAAAUGGAUACCAUUGAGCAGGUGCUUCUGUUGCCAGCCCACUCUGAGAGCAUACCUGGAUGUCCAGGCAAGACUGGGCGAAGUUUCUGAGUGGCCCUUUGUUUAGGUGAUGUCAUCAGACCUGGACCCCCACCAGCCUCACUCCCCAUCCCAACCAGAGAUGGCUCACUUCGGAUCGAGGGUUGACUACAUCUCAUCAUCUCACGAAUCUGCUGUAAUAUAAGACAACAGCUUUUAAAUGUGUAUAUAACCCAUGAUUUUUGGUUUUGUUUUGUUUUGUUUUUUUCUUGAUGGUUUCCCAUCCUCUUCUCUCCCCCACCCCCGCCCCGCCCCUUCUCCUUUUAAAUCUCUUUGAAUCACAUUUGGUAGUGAUUUUGACUUAGUCCGGUAGUCAUAUAGCUUUAAUAUCUAGUUAAAAGCUAACCAUAGUAUAAUUGUUAUAUUAAGGUAUUAUUUUUUUCUUAAAAAGAUUUUUUUUUUUUUUUUGCUUGUUUUGAUUCUGUUCUCACUUUUAAAGGAUGCUGAGAUGGUAAUAUUACUCUCAAUAUUUUGGUACCAAUUCUGAGACUGUAUGGCUUUUCCGGUGGAGCGCGUACACCCGCGGAAGCAAAGUUGUGGAGCGGGAGGUGGGCAUCAACUUUCUCCUUUGCGUCGUAUAAGAAGUGAGAUGUAGUAGGCUAAUUAACAGACUCUAUAGCGGUUCUUUUUUGUGACGUCUCUUUGUUAACCUAAGUAUAUCUAUUUUCGGCAAUAAGGUAAGGACGACCAUGUUUUGAGUGUCCUCCUUUUCUAUAAGUGCUUUUUUUCUGUUGAAAGAGGUGAUAUUAUAAGGUUUUUUGAAAUUGUGAAUUCUAAAAAAAAAAAAGCGUUGUAAAUACAAUUCCAUUAACUACAUAGAAACUAUUAAGAAAGAGAGAAUCAAAAAAUAUUUUUGUGAGGGAGUCGGUCCCAGGCAGUUCGAUGCUCUGUGGAGGGAGGAGGGGAAGGCAUGAUAACCCAGUCAGUUCCCAGGAGGAAGGACACCCCUGUUGCCAGGACCACCCCCCGGGAAAAGUUAGAACACUGUUUAGCUCCUUCUGUCUGUGUGAUAGACCUAAGAACUGUAUUAGUGUCAUACCAGCAUAUUAACCUCUCGUCUGUGCACAGCUUCAAAUGUUACCGUCUAUUUAGAUUUUUAUUUAAAAUAUGAAAAAUUGCUUUUCCCAAGACGUUUUUUAAAAACAAAGCUACAAUUUUAAUAUUUAACAUAUUUAAAGUUUCAAAGCACACCUGUUUGGCUUGGGUGGGGAGGGGGUGGGGGGACAUUCUUUUUCAGUCUUAAUUUUUAAAUAUUUGAUCAUUUUCUAUUGUCCAACCAUUUCAGCACCUCCAAAGGUCCCUAGGACACUUGGCCUCUCUUUGCUUCCCUGCCCCCCACUGCCCCCCCAAGCCCCGGGGAGCGGGGGAGGGGGGCCCUCGGGCCAGGGGCGGAUAAGCCUGCAUUAAUGAAACCUUUUCUCCAUUUACUUCCUAUUUACAAAUUAGGAGAGUAACCUUUUUUGGUUUAUAUAUUUUUUUUAAUACCUCAGUGCUGCAAGUAUCACCAGAGAGGCUAUGGAAGAAUUUUUUUUUUUUAAUUUAUUGUAGAUGUAAACAGAAUUUUAAAAAUAAAAAAAGUAUAAACAUCGCUGCACUGUGACUGGUGGGAAAAACUGACAGUUUCCUGUUUGCACAUGUUUAACAUUUGGCUGUUAUAAUAUAUGGUCCUCGGUUGGGGAAAGAUACUUAUGAUGAAGGAUAUUUUUUAAUUUAACUUUUUUUUAAUAUUGGUAAUAGGUCGGCAACAGCAACUCUAGAAGUACAACUCAGUAGAUGGCAUUAAAACAUAUUGUAGUGUGGAUAUAUAUUUUUUUCUUUUUUAAAAUGUGAUAUUGAUGUUUUAUUAAUAUUUUUUAAAUUGUUACGUUUAUAAAUUUGGUACUUAAGGCACAGCCAGUAUGAGACACUGAAUGCGACAUUUAUUAUAAAAAGCUGCUGCACUCCUAUUUUUAUAAAUUUUACUAACAAAGUAGACUAAUGUAGACUUUCACAGACGUGGUAGGGCAAAAGCAUCUUCAAACAAAAGGCUCCAAAAUGCUAACUCAGAAAGAAAGAAAAAAAGCCUUUUUCAAUUCUAAUUAAACAGCAACAACAUUU